AUGUCAAUCAUCACCGAAGCUCCCAAAGGCUCUUCCUCGGCUCAGCCGGCUUGGGUGCGACCUGAACCUGCGGUUGCUGAGCCGGUACUGAAGGUGUACAACUCCCUGACGAGGAGUAAGGAUGCAUUCGUCCCCACAAAAGGCAAACAGGUCGAUUGGUAUAACUGCGGUCCGACCGUAUACGACGCCUCGCAUAUGGGCCACGCCCGUAACUAUCUGACCCAAGAUAUCGUGCGCCGGAUACUGCGGGAUUACUUUGGCUACGAUGUCAACUUCGUGAUGAACGUCACAGAUAUCGACGACAAGAUCAUCCUGCGUGCUCGCGAGUCUCAUCUCCUUGCUCGAACCACCUCUUCCACCCCGUCCCUCACUUCCGACCUUAUCUCCACCGUACAACAAGCCUUCGACGCAUACUUCGCCAAGCGUAUAGUCAAGAACCUCCCCUCGUCCGUCACACCCGCCGAAUUCGAUGGGACCCCCAGCGAGCACUUUGCACUGGUACGGGAAAGAGAUACGAAGGAUGCGGAAUGGGCAAAGGCCGCGAGGGAGAAGGAUGAGAAAUGGGGUCUCUACCUCACUAGCCUGACCCGUGCGGGAGAGGCAUUGGAGGUUGCGAAGCGGAAGCUAGAGGGGCAAGGGGGUUCAGGGGAUGUCAAGGAGCUAGUGGAUGGAGCAGCGGAUGUUCUAGGUCCAUAUCUCGGAGAGACAGUAAGAGACUCUGUAGAGAACCCCAUCCAGGUAUCCCGGGACCUCGCCGCAUACUGGGAGAACCAAUUCUUCACCGAUAUGGCCCGCCUCCGGGUCUUACCGCCAGAUACAGUCACCCGGGUCUCGGAGUACGUCCCCGAGAUCGUCGCGUACGUCGAGAAGAUUAUCCAGAACGGCUAUGCGUACGAAGAGAGCGGGAACGUCUGGUUCGAUGUGGCCAAGUUUGAGGGUGCGGAGGGAGAAUACGGGGAGUGGACGCAUGAGUACGCGAAGCUGCAGCCGGGGAGUAAGGGGAAUAGGAAGUUGAUUGAUGAGGGGGAAGGUGCUCUGACCACAUCUCAAGGCAAGCGACAAGCAGCAGACUUUGCGCUCUGGAAGUCGAAACGCGCGGGCGAGCCGGCCUGGGCUAGCCCAUGGGGAGAAGGGCGGCCAGGAUGGCAUAUCGAGUGCAGUGUCAUGGCGAGCGCGAUACUCGGCAAGGGGAUGGAUAUACACUCUGGAGGGGUGGAUCUGAUGUUCCCACAUCAUGACAAUGAACUGGCGCAGAGCGAGGCGUAUCAUGGCUGCCAGCAAUGGGUCAACUACUUCUUACAUACGGGUCAUCUCCAUAUUGAGGGAUUGAAGAUGAGCAAGUCACUCAAGAAUUUCAUUACUAUCGAGGAAGCCCUUCGUGACUACUCGGCUCGGCAGUUACGCAUAGCGUUCAUGCUGCAGUCGUGGAAUGCCAAGAUGGACUUCAAGAAGGAUCUGAUAUCGGAUGUGCGGACCAAGGAGGAAACCUUCGAUAACUUCUUCUCCAAUGUCAACGCUCGGAUACGACAAAGCGACCGCAGCUCUGAUGGGAAACAUCACUUCGACGCCCCUGAGUUUACCCUCAUGUCGGACUUCCAUACCGCGCAACAUGACUUCCGCGUCGCGCUCUGCGACUCCUUUAAUACCCCAUCCGCGCUCAUCGUCCUCCUCGACAUCGUCUCCAAGGUGAACGUCUACAUUGCGACUCGCGGCUCAGCGGCGAACCUUGAGCCUGUUCAAGUCAUCGCCGAGUGGGUGACCCGGAUGUUGCGGAUGUUUGGGCUGGGCGAGGGGCCUGUGUCGGAGGGUCAGAUCGGAUGGGGCAAGGAAUUGGGCGAGGGCGAGGAGAAUGGAGAGGAGUUUGAGAAGAAGGUGGACAAGUACCUCAAGGCGCUGGUGGGGUUCCGGGAUGAGAUACGGAAGAUUGCGCGGGAUGGGGGUGAGAGCAAGGAGAUUCUGGCGCUGUGUGAUCGGUUUAGGGAUAGGGAUCUGGUGGAGCUCGGUGUGCAGCUGGAUGAUGGGCAAGGAGCGGAUGGAGGUGCCUUGUACAAACUCACCGACCCCGCUAUCCUCAUUCGUCAACGAGAAGAAAAGGCCGCUAUCCAAGCCGACAAGCUGGCCAAGAAGGCUGCGCAAGCCAAGGAGGCCGAGGCGAAGCGGAUAGCCCUGCUCGAGAAGGGCAAAACGCCGCCUGGGGAGAUGUUCCGACCGCCGAAUGUGCCAGAAGGGACGUAUACCGAGUGGGACGAGCAGGGGCUGCCGAAGAAGGACGGGGAGGGCAAGGAGGUGGCCAAGAGUGCGGUGAAGCGGUUGAUGAAGGAGCAGAAGGCACAGGAGAAGGCGCAUGAGGCUUGGUUGGCUUGGAAGAAGGAGGAAGGGGAGAAGUAG